AUCCUCCUGCAGGGGACCCCAGUGGCCCAAAUGGCAGAGGACGCCAUUGAUGGGCAGCGGCUGAAACACCUCAUUGUGACCCCCGGGGGCUGUGGAGAGCAGAACAUGAUCCACAUGACGCCCACGGUCAUCGCGGUGCACUACCUGGACCACACUGAGCAGUGGGACAAGUUUGGCAUUGACAAGCGGCAGGAGGCCCUGGAUCUCAUCAAGAAGGGUUACACGCAGCAACUGGCCUUCAGGCAACCCAAAAGGCCUUUGGCGGCCUUCCUGGAUAUGAACUCCAGCACCUGGUUGACAGCCUACGUGGUCAAGGUCUUCUCUCUGGCCACCAACCUCAUUGCCAUCGACUCUGAAGUCAUCUGUGGAGCUGUCAAGUGGCUGAUCCUGGAGAAGCAGAGGCCUGAUGGAGUCUUUCAGGAGGAUGGGCCUGUGAUAUCCCAAUUAAUGACUGGUGGCUACAGACAUGCUGAGGAGAAAGAUGUGUCCCUCACAGCUUUUGUUCUCAUCGCACUGAAGGAGGCUAAAGAUAUUUGUGAGAGACAGAUCAAUAGCCUUGGGGGUAGCGUCAAUAAGGCCGGAGACUUCCUUGAAGCACACUACAUGAACUUGAUGAGACCAUAUGCUGUGGCCAUUGCUGGCUAUGCCCUGGCCCAGUUGGGCAAGCUGGAGGGCCCUCUCCUCAACACAUUUCUGAAAGCAGCCACAGAUAAGAACCGCUGGGAGGAGCCUGGCCAAAGGCUCUACACUAUAGAGGCCACAUCCUAUGCCCUGUUGGCUCUGCUGCUGCUCAAAGACUUUGACUCUGUACCUCCUGUUGUGCGCUGGCUCAACGAGCAGAGAUUCUAUGGAGGUGGCUAUGGCUCCACCCAGGCCACUUUCAUGGUGUUCCAAGCCUUGGCCCAAUACCAGAGGGAUGUCCCUGACCAUGAGGAUCUGAAUCUGGAUGUGUCCAUUGACCUGCCCAGCCGCAGCUCUGCCGUCACACACCACAUUCUCUGGGAAUCCGCUAGUCUCCUGCGAUCAGAAACGACCAAGGAAAAUGAGAACUUCACAUUAACAGCUAAAGGGAAAGGACAAGGCACUUUGUCGGUGGUGACAAUGUACCAGGCCAAGAUCAAAGGCAGAACCUCUUGCAAUAAGUUCAGUCUCAAGGUUAUCCUGCGACCAGCCCCUGAAGUGAAGAAGCCUCAGGACGCCAAGAGCAUCAUGUUACUCAACAUCUGUACCAGGUACCUGGGAGACCAGGAUGUCACUAUGUCCAUCCUGGAUAUAUCCAUGAUGACUGGCUUUGCACCCGACAUUGAUGAACUCAAGAAGCUGGCAAAUCGCACUGACAGGUACAUCGCGAAGUUUGAGUUGGACAACAAGGCCUUCUCCAACAAGAACACCCUCAUCAUCUACCUGAACAAGAUCUCACACGAUCAAGAGGACUGUAUAUCCUUCAAAGUUCACCAGUUCUUUAAUGUGGGACUCAUCCAGCCGGGAGCAGUCAAGGUGUACUCUUAUUACAACCUGGAUGAGAGUUGUACCCGAUUCUACCACCCGGAGAAGGAAGAAGGAUUGCUGAGUAAAAUCUGCCACAACGAAAUAUGCCGCUGUGCUGAGGAGAGCUGCUUCAUGCACCAUUCGGAGGACCAGGUCACCCCAGAAGACCGGGUGGACAAGGCCUGUGAGCCGGGAGUGGACUAUGUCCCCAGCAUCAAGUACAUCAUCAGGAAGGACACCUGGGUAGAACUGUGGCCUGAAGCGGACGAAUGCCAAGACGAUGAGAACAAGAAGCUGUGCAGGGACCUGGCCAGCUUCAGAGAGAACAUGAUCAUCUCCGGCUGUCCCAACUGAGCCCUCAUCAGGCUGCUCCCCCCAAUAAAGCUUCAGUUGUAUUCCAUGUGA